CUGGCCGGGCCGGGCUUCCAAGGCCGCGCCGCGCUGGCCCUCCACGUCGCCGGCAUCAACGCCGCCCUCCUCCUCGCCUGGGGACGCUCGCCCGGCGGGAUGUACCAGAUUGCCAUCCGGGCUUGUUUCUUGGGCUUCGCGUUUGGGUGCGGUUUGUUGCUGAGCUUCGGGCCGUCAACGUGGAAGCAUUUCGGCUGGUAUAUGUGUUCAUUGUCUCUCUUCCAUUACUCGGAGUACCUGGUGACCGCUGUGAACAACCCUCGAAGCCUCUCCUUAGAUUCCUUCUUGCUCAACCAUAGUUUUGAAUAUAACAUGGCAGCCCUCUCUUCCUGGGUCGAGUUUACCGUGGAAAAAUUCAUUUUCCCAGGCAUGAAGCAGAUCACGUGGCUGAGCUCCGCCGGCUUGCUGAUGGUGGUGUUUGGCGACUGUCUGAGGAAAGCGGCGAUGCUCACGGCCGGUUCCAACUUCAACCACAUCGUUCAGAAUGAAAAGUCAGAAACGCACACCCUGGUGACGAGAGGGGUCUAUGGCUGGUUCCGCCACCCAUCCUACGUGGGGUGGUUUUACUGGAGUAUUGGAACCCAGGUGCUACUGUGUAAUCCCAUCUGUGUGGUGGCCUACACCCUGGCCUCCUGGCGCUUCUUCCGAGAACGGAUAGAGGAGGAGGAGAUAACGCUGAUCCAUUUCUUUGGGGAAGAGUACCUGGCGUAUAAGAGGAGAGUGCCCUCCGGGUUGCCGUUCAUCCCAGGAGUUAAAGUGGGAUUAUGAGAUCUGGCCGUCUCCUGAGCAGGACCUGGGAUUUCCCUAGCCCCCCAAGGCUCUGGGCACUGCCAUCUGGACUGGAGUCGUGGCGCCGCAUGCCGCCCUGGUCUGGUAGUUGUUUACAUAUCUGAAGUCGCCAUGGGAGCUUGCAAAGGGCUAGACCAAAGCUCAAGACCUCAGCUCAUCAUUGUUCAAAAGAAAUCAAAGAAAAGGCCUCCCUUGGCAUAAAGCGAGAAAGGUGGAGGAGGCCUGGGUGACUAAAGCGGCACUUGAAUUAAGGCUGAUAGAAUGCAAGCAAGCAAAGCAAGCCCCUUCCUCCUUGUCUGUCGGCCUCUUGCAGCUCUGAUGGACUGAAACACAUUGUAGCAGGUUAUCUUCAAAGACUCGCACGCACUUCAGGUAAUGACCAUUCUUCCCCAGCACAGAGGGGGAUGGAUGGAAGCUCACCCACCCUGGCCAAAAUCUUCCUUUUGUUCCUGAAGGGCCAGCAUAGCACAGUUUUAACCUCUGGGCCUGAUUCUGGACGUCCUUCAGGUGCAGAGCACUUCCCCCAUGGCUUGACAGGGCAGAGGGGCGGGUUGAGACCUCACCCCCAAUGAUUGCUCCCUGUUUGUUCCUUGAAACGCUUGAACUCUUUGUUUCGAUCACCCAAAAACACCCACAUGAAUUAAUGAUGACGAAGAAAAUUCGCCAAAAAGAUCAGCCAGGCAGGUCAACUGAGGACUCUCCCCUUCCUGGCAAGAGGGAGGCCUUUUGGGGGGGGGGCGGUUUCCCUGUUUUUCUCAAGGACGCAAAGGCAGGCUGGAUGGAAAAAAUACAGUUCUAGUGUCUGAAUAUUAUCUUCUCCAAUUCACCGCAUUAUCCCUCCGUCUUGUCAUCUCGUUCCUUCCACCCCUUUGUCCAUGGCUGCUUUGCUGCUAGUUUUAUUUCUUUAUUUGUUCCCUUCUGAUGUUAGAAUAUUCAGAGUGUCCGUUCCUAUGCUGGUUUGUAAGAGGGGGAAAUUCUGCACGCUACAUAACUGAUAAAAAUGAGAGUUAAUCCUUUCUCUCUCUUCAGACAAGGUCCCACUGAGCCUUCUGGUCUGUGACACCCACCAAUCCUUCCCCCCCCCCAAGCCAAUAAGCAUGUGAGUGGGGGGCUGUGAAAGACAGAAUCUCAAGUAUUGGCAGAUCCAAAGAUCCCUAAUUCAGGAGGACCUCUAGGGCUUUCCUUUUUAGGUAUCAAGGUAUUUAUUCUUUGGCUCAUGUUUCAUACCAAAGAGAAGUCCUCCGGUUCCUGAUUCUGUUGAUCUGUCUUUAGCUCGGAUGUGUCGAUCAAGGGCACAUGUCAUGUACAGAUGCUGCUUUAGUAAAGGUGCCCCUAUUUUUCUGUUCAUGGACCAGUUCCCUAGAAUUCUGCCCGCACCGCAAGGUUAAUUCUUAAGCUCCUUCCUUUCCCUGAACGACGUAACUUUUAAAAGCAUCAGGACUUGGCAGAAUAUUU